AUGCGGGACCUACGAGCAGAUUCCCUGUUGGAUAUCAUCCUCCUCUGCCUCCUCUCGUUUAUUAUGCUCAGCUGCUGCUCGUCCGCUUCAUCUGAAGUCGAGUUACUGCUGAGGCUCGUCUGCUGUUGGAUAUGGGAAAAUCUUGAUGUUGAUUGUGGUGGGGCUGGGAACGUGCCGAUUAUAUGGCUGUACUUGGAAAUGCAUUCUCCCACUAGGAAAAAAGGAAAUCUUAAUGCAUCAACGAAGAAAAUCUCUUAUGGAGACACAUUGGCCAAGUUUAAAAAAUUGAAGAUUUGGUGA